AUAUUUUAUUUAUUUAUAUUUAUUAGUUCUUUUAUUUUAUUAAUGAAUUUCAAUAAUAAUUUUAUCUUGUUAAUUAUAUUAGAUAUUUUAAUAAUUAUAUUAACCAUUAUAAUGUUUUUUAACUUUUACAAUUUUUUUUUAAUUAAUAUAGUUUUUUUAACUAUCCUAAGAAGAAUUAUAGGAAUUAAUUUAAUUAUUUUAAAUUCUCGUUUAAAAUCAAAUUUUGAAACAAAAUUUUUUAAAGAAUAA